AUGAACUUCCCCUCGCACAGCCGCUACCACAGCUUCUCCCGCACCUCGCCCCUGGACGCCGUCAUCGCCGCCUCCACGGUCAUGGCCUUGCUCCUCGUCGUGUGCAUGGCGCUGCUCAUCUGCGCGACCGCAUGGCUGGUGGCUUCCGCGCGCGGCGGCAGAGCGGCCGCCACCAACCGGAACGGCAGAAACAAGAGAGCGGUCCGGUGGGGGGACGUUGGCGAUGCGUGCUUGAGGGAGACGUAUUGUCCCGAUGAGAGGAGGAUUGGCAGUAUGGGAUAUUCGUCGGGGGUUGGUUUUGGGGUGUAUUCGGAUCAUGUCUGA